UUCUGUGUUUGAGAACUUGCGGAGAACCGGAACUGUUGGUCAUUUCGAGCUAGUCUGAAGAACAGAGGCUCCCCGUGGAGGAGAUCCGGAGAACAAGCUAAACAGUUUCAGUUUCCAUCGUUCGGUUCUGUAGGAAGUUCCUUUUCAAAUGAUAGAUUUUGAUAGCUAGAGGGGGGAAAAGAAAGUAACCGCAAGGAGCAAAAAGAAGUUCCACUCUUCUGCGAAACUCAACUAAAGCAGUGUCUUUUUGACCGACGGCCGAGUUAAAGUCUGUGGAUACCAUCAUUUUAAUGGAGAAUUUUCUGAAAUGGCUCUACUUUUAAUGACAAAAGUGUAAAGGUCGAUUGUUUCUACAUUCUCUUCUUCUUCGUCCGAGAUCACAUACUUUUGCCGGGAAGCGCGCUUGAUUCUUGGCCGAGUUUCGAAGAAGCAGUUCGUUCUUUGACGGCGAGGGAAUGGACACUGUGUUCAUUUUCUCUGUGAUGUUCUUGUUUGGGUUGCUUCUCUCUCAUGCGACUGCCGGUCUGGUGGAUGAUAAACGAGCUUUGCUCGAUUUCAUCAACAACACACCGCACUCUCGCAGUCUCAACUGGAAUGUGAACUUACCUGUUUGCAGCAGCUGGAUCGGAGUGACCUGCAGUCCUGAUAACUCUCGAGUUAUAGCCCUUCGAUUGCCCGGAGUUGGAUUUCAAGGUCGGAUUCCGCCUAACACUCUCAGUCGCCUUACGGCGCUUCAAAUCUUAAGCCUCAGAUCCAACGCGUUAUCUGGCCCCUUCACUCCUGAUUUCUCCAACCUCACAAACCUAUCAUUCCUCUAUCUUCAGUUCAACCACUUCUCAGGCCCUUUGCCCUCAGAUUUCUCUGCUUGGAAAAAUCUUACUAUCCUUAACCUCUCCUACAACGCUUUCAACGGCAGUAUCCCUUCUUCCAUUUCGAAUUUGACUCAACUUACUGCUCUAAAUCUCGGUAAUAACUCGUUUUCUGGUGAAAUCCCUGCUCUCAACCUCCCCAGUCUGCAACAAUUAGACCUAGCGAACAAUAGUCUGACUGGAAGAGUCCCAACGUCUCUUCAGAGAUUUCCCAAUUCGGCAUUCCUUGGUAACAAUAUCUCUUUCACAAAUCCUCCCCUUCUCCCUGUUGGUCCACCUCCUUCUCAACCGUCUCCAAGUAGUGCUAAGCUCAGCCAAUCAGCGUUACUUGGUAUUAUAGUAGGCGGAUGCGUUCUGGGGUUUUUGAUUUUUGCUUUUAUACUGAUUGCUUGCUGCUCGCAAAGGAAAGGCGAGAAUAGUUUUGCUGGGAAGGCGCAGAAGGGCGAAAGGUCACCAGAAAAAGCAGUUCCAGGUAGCCAUGACGGAAAUAACAGAUUGGUUUUCUUCGAGGGUUGUAAUUAUGCAUUUGACCUGGAGGAUUUGUUGAGGGCUUCUGCCGAGGUGCUUGGGAAAGGGACGUUCGGGACAGCAUAUAAGGCGAUUCUGGAGGACGCAACCACAGUAGUCGUGAAGAGGUUGAAGGAGGUUACUGUGGGGAAGCGGGACUUCGAGCAGCAGAUGGACUUGGUCGGAAGUAUUAAGCACGAGAAUGUGGUUGAGCUUAGGGCCUAUUACUAUUCCAAGGAAGAGAAGCUCAUGGUGUAUGACUACUACAGUCAGGGGAGCGUCUCUGCGAUGUUACACGGGAAAAGAGGGGAGGGCAGGACUCCAUUAGACUGGGAAACUCGAUUAAGAAUCGUAAUUGGUGCUGCAAGAGGCAUUGCUCGCAUUCAUACUGAAAAUGGCGGGAAGCUUGUCCAUGGGAACAUAAAGUCCUCUAAUAUCUUUCUAAACUCCCAAAACUAUGGUUGUGUGUCUGAUCUUGGUCUGACAACUCUGAUGAGCCCAGUGGCCCCACCUAUCUCUCGUGCUGCAGGUUACCGAGCUCCAGAAGUGAUAGACACCCGCAAAGCUACCCAGCCUUCUGAUGUCUAUAGCUUCGGUGUACUGCUCCUUGAGCUUCUCACGGGGAAAUCUCCUGUCCAUGCCACUGGUGGCGAUGAGAUUGUCCACUUAGUGCGGUGGGUCCAUUCUGUAGUCCGGGAAGAGUGGACAGCAGAAGUGUUUGAUGUGGAGCUGAUGAGAUAUCCUAACAUAGAGGAAGAAAUGGUGGAAAUGCUACAGAUAGCAAUGGCAUGUGUGGUAAGGAUGCCAGAGCAGAGACUAAAAAUGGCAGAUGUAGUUAAAAUGGUGGAGGAUAUUCGACGGAUUGACACUGGAAACCGUCCAUCUGAGGAAAUAAAUUCAGAAGCUUCAACACCCCCACCACCACAGGCAGUUGUUGGGAUGGAAUCCUCUUCCCUCCCACAGUGAGUCUAUUCUCGCUCAGGGUCUCUACUUCCCUCACCCCUCUUUCUCCAUUUCCUUUCUUAUUUCAUCCAGUUAAGUGUACCUUUUAUUUUCAAUUCUUCUAAGCCAAUUGUCUUAGGUGUUUAUUGUUUUGCUUUACAUGAUAAGAUUAUUUUUCUGAACUUGAUGCCAA